CUGUGGUCGUGCUAAGGAGAAAAAGGAAAAAUCAGCGUCACACUGACGAAGUCCGCGAAGCGCGUUAUUAUCGCACUACAGUGCCGCAUCUUUAUUGGCAGUGUGCUCGACAACCUGCGGUCACUGCGGACAGGGUUGACAGCAGGAAUACGACAAACAUAUUAAACACAUCGAAGGAUGUCUGGGAUCACUGGGAAUUUGGAUUGCGAGGAGUGUUUGUCUUCUGGGCAUGUGGCCAACAGCACGGAGUUACAUCUGCACUCCACUACUGUGGAUGAGGAUGAUGAACUUCUGAGAUACAUCUGGAGAGAGUACUUACACCCCAAACAGUAUGAAUGGGUUCUCAUUGUGGCUUACAUUAUUGUGUUCUUCGUCUCGCUCAUUGGAAACUCGCUGGUUUGUUUUGCAGUGUGGAAAAACCGCCACAUGCGCACCGUGACCAACUAUUUCAUAGUGAAUCUGUCCUUUGCUGAUGUGUUGGUCACCAUCAUCUGCCUCCCUGCGAGUCUUGUGGUAGACAUCACAGAGACGUGGUUCUUUGGAAACACACUUUGCAAAGUUGUGCCUUAUUUGCAGACCAUCUCAGUUUCUGUAUCAGUCCUCACACUGAGCUGUAUUGCCCAAGACCGAUGGUAUGCUAUCUGCCACCCGCUGAUGUUCAAGAGCACAGCCAAGAGGGCUCGCAAGAGUAUUGUUGUCAUUUGGGUUGUGUCCUGCAUCAUCAUGAUCCCUCAAGCUAUUGUGAUGGAGUGCAGUAGCCUGCUGCCUGAACUAACAAACAAGACCAGCCUGUUCACUGUGUGUGAUGAACAUUGGGGAGGUUAG